CGACAUUUGAACGAAUCGGAUCAGUAAAAAAUACAAGCAGUGAAUUAAGUAUUGAAAAAAAUAAAAUAAAUUGUGGAUAGACGUUAUACUCACAUUUUUGUGUGCUGAAUGCAAAAAUAUUGAAACUUCUUUAUAAAUUAAAUUAGAGUAAAAUUAUCUGCGGGAAGCCGGGAAGUGAUGAAAAAAAUAUUUUUAUUGGAUUAACAUCAAUUGAUAUAGAGAAUAGUGUAAAUAUAAAAAAAAAUUUAUGAGAAUAUGAGCUGUGAAUCAAGAAAAAAAUUUGUUUAAGUUUGUAUUUCUUUGGAGGAUGGAAGUAUAAAUUAAAUAAUUACAUAUCCGGAUGAUUGAUUGAUAUUAUAGAAAGCGACUGAAAAAAAAAUCUAUUUUCUAUUGAAAUUGAGUCACAGAAACGAAGAAGGAAGUCGAAUCGUUAAAAUACGUGAAGUGAAACAUAAACAAUACAUACAUUGAAUAUAUUUUUCUCAUAGGACAUAAAUUGUACUACCGAAUCUAAUUCUGUUGUGAAUAUAUAGAGAAAGUGACAGUCGAAUUUGAUGUAGAGAAAAUGAUUGCUUAAAAUGAAACAUUGCAUAUGUUUAGAAUAUAAGAUGGGUCUAUUUUUGCUACGAUAAAUAAGUAAAAUAAAUUUGAAUACCAAAAGCAAAAUAUGAUUAGAAUGACGAGCUCACAGAUGCUUCAAAUGACUACAGAAGAAAUGGAUGCAAAUGGACAAAUAAUUACAACCCCUGCAUCGUCAGCUAGUCUGAAUAUUUCCAUUACGCCAGACAUGCUCUUUAACGAGGGUCAUAAACUCUCAAUAAUUGUAUACAGUAUUUUGAUGGUUGUGUCAGCAAUUGGUAAUAUCACAGUCUUGACAAUAUUGUUGAGAAGACGAAUGAGAACCACAAGUCGGCUGGAUUUUAUGCUUACGCAUCUAGCAAUUGCAGAUUUAAUGGUCACAUUUAUUAUAAUGCCACUGGAGAUUGGAUGGGCUUUCACUGUUCAAUGGAUAGCUGGAGACUUUAUGUGUCGAUUUAUGAUGUUUUUUCGGACAUUCGGACUUUAUUUAUCAAGUUUUGUGCUUGUAUGCAUAUCACUUGACAGAUAUUAUGCUGUAAUAAAGCCUUUGAAUAUGAAGGAACAUCGUGGAAAGAUUAUGAUUGCGUUUGCAUGGUUUACGUCAGCUCUUUGUAGCGCACCGCAGGCCUACAUUUUCCAUGAAGAAAAACAUCCAGACGUGAAAAAUUAUACUCAGUGCGUGACAUUCAAUGUUCUUCCAGAAGGUGGAGAUAUCAUAUAUAAUGCAGCAUGUAUGCUAAUGAUGUACGCUGCUCCACUUGUAAUUAUUACAUUUUCUUAUGGCUCAAUAUACUAUGAGAUUUUUCAAAAGAGUCGAAUAAAAAAUUCUGAUAGAUUUCGACGUUCGAGUUUGAAUGUAUUAAGUCGUGCUAAGCGACGAACAUUAAGAAUGACUAUAACAAUUGUGAUUUGCUUUGUCGUUUGUUGGACGCCCUACUAUACAAUGGUUGUUUGGUUCUUCCUUGACAAAGAUGAGGCAAAUAGUUCGAAUAUUAUGCUACAAAAGGCACUGUAUUUAUUUGCGUAUACAAACAGUUGCAUGAAUCCAAUUGUGUACGGAGUAUUUAAUUUAAAACGUAAUAGGACUGAUCGAAAUACGUUUAGUUUUAAUUAUUAUUCGGAUUCAAAGCGAAGGACGUUGAGCUCACGUGCAGACAAUUUCAGUCGUGAAUCAUCGAAAACGAUUUGCAUUAAUUGCGGAGAUGCUCUUAUUAAACCGCAAUGUGAUAUAAUAAAGGCAGAUGUAGCCAUCGAGAAGGUUCCACUCACAUCCUGACAUAACCAUGUUACCUUCAAUGUAUUAUCACGCGAAACGACCAUGUAUGAAUGAGAAAAUAAGGAAAAUUUCAUUUUUUUCCAUAUGCUGAUUUAGUUGAUGAAAUUUUGUGUGACAAGUCAAUUUAUUAUGCUGUUUUAGAGUGUGAUGAUGUUUAUCUCAUAUUUACUCCCUCAUUUUUGACGAUUUGUAUAAUAAAAGAUACUGAUGAAAAUUGCUUCA